AUGAAGCUCCGAUCUGUUGCGCGUGCUUUCUUGGUAUGUAAUGUAGGAUCAGGAACCAGAGCACUCUUCUGGCAUGACAACUGGACAGGCCUGAGACCUCUGUUUGAGAUAUGUGGAGACCUUGGACCUAUGGUCUCAGGUAUUAGCUACUCAGCCACGGUUUCUGAGACAGCGUCGUCUGCUGGCUGGCGUAUUCCAAGAGGGAGGCAUCUUUUAAAUCAGUUUCUUCGAGCGAUCUUAGCUGAAGUUUCUUCGACUAUGGAUCCAUCUGUACAAGACUUCUUCCAGUGGCGUCAAUAUUCAUCUGAUUCGGUCUCUGGAGUAUUCUCAUUGACAAAGACUUGGGAAUCUCUUUAUCCAGACCCUGUUCAGGUUUCAUGGUUCAAAUCGGUCUGGUUCAGCUGA